AUGCAAGGUAGGAAAGGAGACACAAAGCCAAUGGGCAGAUCUGGGGCCACCAGCAGGAAGGCGCUAGAGACCCUACGAUGGGUCGGGGUCGGAGUGCAACGCAACCAUGAGAUGGCCUUCCAAGGCAUGCUUCGGAAACUGGACAUCAAAAACGAAGAUGAUGUCAAAUCUUUGUCUCGAGUGAUGGUCCAUGUUUUCAGUGAUGGAGUAACAAAUUGGGGCAGGAUUGUGACUCUAAUUUCUUUUGGUGCCUUUGUGGCCAAACACUUGAAGAGCAUAAACCAAGAAAGCUGCAUCGAACCUUUAGCAGAAAGUAUCACAGAUGUUCUCAUAAGGACAAAAUGGGACUGGCUGGUCAAACAAAGAGGCUGGGAUGGGUUUGUGGAGUUUUUACAUGUAGAGGACCUAGAAGGCGGCAUCAGAAAUGUGCUGCUGGCUUUUGCAAGUGUUGCUGGAGUAGGAGCUGGUUUGGCAUAUUUAAUAAGAUAGCCUUGUAAGUGCAAUAGUUGACUCUUAACCAACUCCAGCCACCAAAACUUCUGUGAAAUCAAAUGUAUUUAUGAAGUUGGACUUCAAGCUGCCCAGGCUGUAACCUCCAAGAGUUUCACUCUAGAAACCUAGCCAGAAAGCAAGUGGCAAGAGGAUUAUGUCUAACAAGAAUAAAUACAUGGGAAAAGUAGUCCCCCUUGAAGAGUUCACUGUAUGAAAGAAGCAAAGUUCACUUUCAGCACCAAGCAAACUGGGAGGCCAUGGAGGAGGACUGUUAGAUUUAGUGAAGAUAAAAAUGGAAAAACUUAAAUUUCCUUGUCUAGAACCAGAAGAGUGGCCAAUAGCCAGGCUAGUCAUAGAAUUCAUUAAAUAUGCCCACCGAAUUCAUUAAUUUCCUAUAGUGUUAAAGAGAAGCACUAACAAUGCCAGUGGCCUAUAAGAAAUGAUUUAAGCUCCAAGUAAUUGAGCUAUGACUAGAAGCCUCAGUA